AAGCUGUCUGCCUGUGCUUAUUCUGCAUUUCUGCGAUUUCUUCUUCUCUGGUAGGAUCAUGAAGCUCUCAGUACUCAACCAUGACUGUACAUUCCCUUCUUCUAUGCUUCCAUCUUCCACCCCUUACCCAGCCCACCAAUCAUCACCUGCGGCUUUAGUUUCAACUUUCAGAAGUGGGUUAUCCCUUCAACGGUUAGUUUCUUUCCCAAACCCUUCAUUGGAUAUACCCAAGAGGAGUUCCGAUAGAUGGGCUAUGAAAACCUUCGUAGCUUGCUCUGGAAAAAGGAUGGCUGAUGGAGAUUCUCCUGCCAAGGCGCUUCGCCGGAUUCUGGAGUCGCCUGGGGUCUACCAGGGCCCUGCAUGUUUUGAUGCUCUCAGUGCGAAGCUUGUGGAGAAGGCCGGAUUCGAGUUCUGCUUCACUAGUGGUUUCUCAGUUUCAGCUGCUAGAUUGGGAUUACCGGAUGCGGGUUUAAUUUCUUAUGGAGAAAUGGUGGAUCAAGGGUAUCAAAUUACUCAAGCUGUGUCUAUCCCUGUCAUAGGAGAUGGGGAUAAUGGAUAUGGGAAUGCAAUGAAUGUUAAGAGAACUGUGAAAGGAUUCAUAAAUGCUGGUUUUGCAGGGAUAAUUCUUGAGGAUCAGGUUUCCCCAAAAGCUUGUGGCCACACUCGUGGAAGGAAAGUGGUAUCUAGGGAGGAAGCAUUGAUGCGGAUAAGAGCAGCUAUUGAUGCUCGGAAAGAGAGUGGUUCUGACAUUGUUAUUGUGGCGCGAACUGAUUCUCGCCAAGCGAUAUCCUUCGAUGAAUCACUUUGGAGAUCACGUGCUUUUGCUGAGGCUGGAGCAGAUGUUCUUUUCAUUGAUGCACUUGCUUCAAGGGAAGAGAUGAGGUCUUUUUGUGAGAUUUCUCCCCUAGUCCCAAAGAUGGCUAAUAUGCUUGAAGGAGGGGGUAAAACACCAAUACUAAAUCCUAUUGAAUUAGAGGAGAUUGGAUUUAAGAUAGUAGCGUAUCCACUGUCCUUGAUUGGGGUCUCAAUUCAGGCGAUGCAGGAUGCACUUAGAGCCAUUAAAGGUGGUCGAAUCCCUCCUCCUGGAAGCUUGCCGUCUUUUGAAGAAAUCAAGGAAACCUUAGGGUUUAAUGCCUACUAUGAAGAAGAGAAGCAGUAUGCUACCAGCACUGAUAGGCUUUCUUUGCAGAGGGCUUAUUCUCCAGGAAGCAGCAGUAGGUACAAUAUGCAACGGAGUACUCAGGAUGAUUCUGAGAAAAGUGUUCAAAGUCUGCAGGAUCCUGUUGUAGAAGUGAUAACACCUGAUGUGUACAGUCCCUAUGGUGCAGAUGGUUCGAGGGGACCUUUUUCUGGGAUCUGGUCCCGCACAUUGAGAAUCAAAAUCAUCGGAAGAGACGGAUUUGAGAAACUUGAUGUCAGGAUUCCUGCUGGAUUCUUGGAAGGAAUCACAAACAUAGUUCCAGCUUUAGGAGGGGUAAACAUAAAAGCAUUGUUAGAUGAUGCAGCUGAGGAAACAGGAGGUAAGAUAUUGUUAGAUUUUAAUGACACCAUGGGUGACAGAAUUCAGGUAUUUUUGGAGUGAAUUCACUACAAACAUCCGCUUUGAGCUAUUGUGGCCCAAGAAACAGGUUUGCUCCAUACUUCAACUUAACAUGUAAAAACUGCAAUUAUUCUUGCAACUCAAAGUGGCUGUAUAAGGAACUGAUCUCCAUUCUACCUC